CCAGCCAGUUGGGUAGAUAUCAGCGCGCGGGUUCAGACGCGGAGAGAAUUCUGAAUUCCGCACUCAGAUUUUCGGGCGAGAAGACGAGUGACCAAGUUGGGACGGGAGCACGAGCGAUUGGCGCAGGGCAGAUUCAUCAGAGGGAUAAAGCAAGAUGGUGGCCAAUGGAGAUGCCCCGGCUAGAGGGAGUGCAGCAGCUGCUGCAAGCUUGCGCAGGCGUAGAACCACCAGCAGUGGCACUGGUGGAGGCGGUGCCAGCACAAUGCUCCAGUUCUACACCGAUGAGGCUGCUGGGCGCAAGAUGUCCCCGAACUCAGUCCUCAUCAUGAGCAUUGGGUUCAUUGCCGUCGUUGCUCUUCUGCAUGUUUUCGGCAAGCUUUACCGCACCUCCGCCUAGGCUGUCAUUAUCAUACCCGCAUGCGAAAUUUGUCAACAGAGGAACCCGUAGCCUAAUGGAAUAGCAAAUGACUAUCAGAGUAUGAAAAAUUUUGCUGUUACCAUCAUACCAUGGAAUCUUAUAUAGUACCUUACAAUACUAACCUGUUGUGGUUCUGUCCUUACAAGUCGUUUUUGGUCAUUGCUAAUAGUUAAGUCUUAUGUUAGUUUCUGUAGUUCUGUCAUAUUUCUGCUCUUAUCUUUAUCAGUCCUUUUCUUACCUGUGGCCAUCUCCCCUUAUCUCUGAAGUUGGGGCACUUGAUCCUUUUGUUUAUAUCUCUAUAUGUUAAGGAUCUGAAGCCCAACACUACAAUGCAGUAUGUGUUUGUUGUUUGAAAGACAGUUGGAUUGACAUGACAUUCUACCAGUGGGAUGUUUGAAUAAAUUCAAAUACUGAAUACAGAAUACCCCAAGUUUUUUCUUGAUAUAAGGAUGUUUGCAUUUGCUGAUUGGUGUUGGUUGGUACGCUGGUUGGUGACCAUGCAGUUGUAGAUUGCACCUGAAAAUGCUGGAAGCUGAACCUGACAAAAAGGUUGGCAAAUGCGCAAAAAUGAGGCUAUUGUUCUACUAGAAUUUCAGACGAGUUUUUUACAGAAAGGUUGUUGGCUUCCACUUCUGUCUUCCUUGCUGGAUUUGUGAUCUUGAAUUUCAACCGUGAAAUUCAUCUUCUGUGAAGACGGUCCCCCCUUCUGAAAUGCAAGCUAUCUGUUUGGAAGACUUGGAUAACACAGGAAUUCAGAGAAAACCCGCCCUCCAUUGUAUAUCUCGUAGUGUAUUCCGCCAGAGGUAACCAUUCUAUUCCACUACAAAUCAUCGGCCAAAAUUACCCGCGUGGCAUUAGAGUCAUGGAUGCAUAAUAUUUAUCAAUUAGGAUUCAAAUUCGGUUGCACAGUAGAGUGGGGUGUGCAUAUAAUAUUCAUCAAUUAGGAUUCAAGUUCAGUUGCACUUGUAAUGAGAAUUUACAGAGUUUCAGGGAUUCACCCAUCUUUCGUUUAAUCAAAACAGAAAAAUGAACACGGAGUACACCGUUAACAUUUGGUCCCUCAAAACGAUUCCACUGUACUGAGAAAAUGAGAAGCAACUGAAAGAAGGGAGCGAAACAAACCCAGCAAAACCCAUUUCUAACCACACCACGGUCACCUGCCACGCCUUCCAGAACCCGCCUCUCCUCCCGCCGCGCGCGGGCUCCAACCCGAUCUCACCGCAAAUCGAACGCUCCACAUUGAGCCACGUACACCGCCUCCUUCUGCUACAAAAACCCCAACCCACGCACCACCACCACCAUUUCCACGCCCCUCUCUCCAUUCCCCCACCUUUUCCAGCUUCUCGUCGCAAUCGCAACCGCCUCCCAAAUCACACAAACCCCAAGGCCAAAACCCUCGCCUCCACCACCACCACCACCGCCGCCGCCGCCGCCGCGCCGCCAUGAAGGGCCCCGUGGAGGUCACCUUCCUGGACGGCGACGACGACAGCGACGACGACGACCGGUGGUACUACAGCCCCAGGAGGGAGGCCGUCCUCUGCAUCGGCGACGACCUCGCCCUCGUCGACGUCACCUUCCCCGUGGACGACAUGGACACCAACCCGUGGUUCCGGGGGAUCGCGCAGCUGUGCCGCGGCCACCGCCUCCGCGCCCCGCUCGUCGUCGGCCUCGUCGCGCUCCGCGGCCGCGCGCCGCCCUACAACUGGUGCCCGUGGGACGCGAGCGGCGUGCGCGGCCACCCGCGGGACCCCCGCAACCCCAUCCGCUGCAUCGCGAUCUGCGUCGGCGGCUCCCACGCCCUCGUCUACCAGCCCUGCUGCGACCGCGGCAGCUCCAAGUACACCGGCGGCGUGCUGCCUUUCAGCGAGGGAGGCUGCAAGAUGGCGCGGCUCCGCGCGUUCCUGCGCGACAGGCGCGUCACGGUGGCCUGCGUCGGCGCGCGCGAGGCGGCGGAGAAGCUCGCGGAGGAGUGGGAGGUGGACGUGGCGCGGCCGGUGGAGCUCACGGAUCUGUUCGCGCGCGCGUUCGGCAAGGUGGCCGGGGUGGACACGGUGAAGCCGCCCAAGGAGCCGGAGCCGGAUAGGCGGUGGAUGACCACGUCGGCGCUCCUGAGGGCGGAGGCCAAGGCGGAGGCGGAGGCGGCCAAGGAGAACCACUACAGCUACAGCAAGCGCGGGAAGCGGCCGGCGGCGGAGGUGGUGAAGGGGCUGAGCAUGGAGCGCAUGGCGCACGUGGCGCUCGGCCCGGAGAUGCGGCUGGCGCCAUGGCCGGAGAAGGCGGCCGACGCGGACUGGGGCAGCUGCUACCUGGAGAAGAGCGACUGGAAGUACGCGGCGCGCGACGCCUACCUCUGCUUGGAGAUCGCCGCCGUCUGCCUCCAGAAGCUCGGCGCGCCCGUCGGUAACUGAUCCUCUCUCCCCUCUCCGGCGAGCCUACCAUUUGUCGUGUUCGUCACUAGAAUGAUCGUGGUGGUGGUCACGAAUCUGAUCGAUCUUGCAUGCUUACGAGCGAUGAUUAGUCAGGUCAGGUCUAAGUGAUGGGUUUAGUGUAGUUAAUCGUUGGAUUACAGGAUUAGUGCUAAUGCAGAUACGGUAUAUGCCUCAGUCAGUAUGUCGUAAUGGAAUAAUCUCUAGUAGUGUCGUGGUAUUAUGGUAAGUAGGUGUUGAUGGGAGCUUGUUGCAUGGUGACGGUAUUACUUGGAUCAUCGGAUUGCGGACUUGAGAAAAUUGAGAUGUGUGGUUUGGUUUCUGACUGUUUGGGACUAUUUGAUGAUUUUACCUGUUCGUUCUCCGGCUUACAGUAGUACUA